AUGCGCCCCUUCCUCCGCCCAUUCCCCCCCCUCGCACGCAUCCGCACCCACAAACUCCCAAAGCCGCACUUCCACUUCCACUUCCACUCCCGGAGGAGCGUCCACAACCCCGCCGACGACCCAAACUUCGUCUCAAUCCUCGACCAGCCCGCAACCCUCGUCCGCGCCGGGGGGAGGAAGAAGCACGGCGCCGGUCUGCUCCUCCUCGCCGCGAUCCCGAUAACCGCCUUCGCCCUGGGGACCUGGCAGGUGCAACGACUGGGCUGGAAGACCGACCUGAUAACCGCCCACACCUCCCGCAUCCUCUCGCCGCCGCUGCCGUUACCGCCGCGGGUGGACGUGGACCAGAUACCCUCCUUCGAUCACCGCCGCGUCCUUGCUACCGGCCGCUUCCGCCACGACCAGGAGAUGCUCAUCGGGCCGCGGGUGCGCGAGGGGCGGGAUGGGUACUUUGUCGUCACGCCGCUGGAGCGCGCGGGCGGGGGGAGUAAGGUGCUGGUCAAUCGUGGGUGGAUUGCGAAGGGGAAGAGGGCGCAUCGGGAUCGGUGGCCGGAGGGUCUGCCCGGUGGGGAGGUUACGGUCGAGGGGCUUAUCAGGAGUCCUUGGAAGAAGAAUCUCUUCACGCCGGACAACGUGCCGGAGAGGGGGGAGUUCUACUUUCCGGAUGUGGAGGGGAUGGCCAGGCUGGUUGGGGCUCAGGCGGUUUGGAUAGAGGAGACGGUGGAGCCGGAUUUUGUGGUUUCUUUGGAGAAUGUGGAGAAGGGGGUGCCCAUUGCUAGAACUGCAGAGGUGAAUUUGAGGAAUAAUCAUAUGCAGUAUAUUGUUACUUGGUAUGUAACCUUCCCCCCCCCCUCUCUCUGCAAGGGGGAUGGACGAUGCUAACUAAUGGUUACAAUUCAGGUACGGCCUCGCCCUCGCCACCUCAGUAAUGUUCUACAUGCUCGUUCGCAAACCCCCACCAGACAUCGCAAAGAGAGUCCGGCACAGCACAGACUGGUCAUGAACGGCGAUAACAGGAAGAGAAAAAAAGAAAAGAAAAAAGAAUAGCAGUAUACAUUGUAUUUUCAGUCCAUUAUUAGAGAUUAAGGUUCUGGUGCAUCUAUUCCUCCUUCCCCUUCUCCUUCUCCUCCUCCUCCUCCUCGACAGCUUGCAAGCUCGGUCUUUGCCGCUGCCGCCGACGGGGCCGAACUUUACUCACGGGCAUGCGAAUCUCCUGGAGUAGCUCUCUGGGCAAAUGGCGUUGGGCAAGGGAAAAGGCCGUGGUCUGAGAGUUGAGCUGGCGUUGCCUGUUGUCACAUUUGUAAAUACCCAUCAAUAAAUAAAUAAAUAAAUAAAUAAAUA